GCGGGCAGUGCGGUUUUGGCUAGCGAGGUUGUGGCCGCGGUGCAUCGGGCGGUUGUUGCUGGGGGACGUCACCUUGCCAGUGCUGUUGCCGAGCAGGUAGUGCAGCGCGCACAUUACUCGCCUACUUUCGGUUUUUAGUCCAGUCAUCAGUCUCUCGCAUCGCUCGCACGCACGCCCAACCAAGCCGUAAUGGAGACCGCCUCGCUCGAGAAAAUUAGCAAAGAGGAAACCAUCCGUCUUCGUGACAUGUAUAUCGGGAAGUCGUGUACUGUGUUCUUCAAGAGCAAUGGGCCCCUGAAGAUUGUGCGUGGCCAGGGCCAAUACAUGUAUGAUGAAUCUGGCAAUGCAUAUCUAGACUGCAUCAACAAUGUCGCCCAUGUGGGGCACUGCCACCCACACGUGGUCAAGGCUGGUGCAGAGCAGAUGGCGCUGCUUAGCACCAACAGUCGCUACCGAAAUGUACCCAAUUGUUAUUCUUUCAAUGCCUCUGUAUUGGCUGCCGCUGUUAGCGCUCCACGUUGCUUUUUUUUUAUGCUCUGCAGGUCUGAGGCAAACGACCUUGCCAUGAGGCUGGCAAAGUGCUACACAAAGAACAAAGACAUCAUUUGCCUCGACAGUGCUUAUCAUGGCCACCUGCAAUCCACUACAGCCAUCAGUCCAUACAAGUUCAACCACAUAAUUGGCUGGCAGAAGAAAAAAUCUGUUCAUGUGGCUCCCUUGCCUUGCACCUACCGGGGCAAGUACCGCGACUGUGACUACCCACCUGGCACCGACCUGGGUCUCAUGUAUGCCCAAGAAGUUCUCAACCUCGUCAACCAGGCUCACUCGGAUGGUCGCCGCAUUGCUGCUUUCAUACACGAGUCGCUUGUCAGCUGUGGUGGGCAGUUUCCUUUGCCCAAAAACUACCUGCGCAAUGUCUACCAGUACAUUCGGGAAGCUGGUGGAGUAUGCAUUGCUGAUGAAGUCCAGACUGGAUUCGGGCGCGUUGGAGAGUACAUGUGGGGCUUCCAGCUUCAGGGUGAAGACAUCUGCCCAGACAUUGUAACCCUUGGCAAGCCUAUUGGAAAUGGCCAUCCGAUUGCCAUGGUGGUGACCACGAAAGAAGUCGCAAGCAGAUUUGAAGCCCAGGGUGCUGAGUACUUCAACACAUAUGGCGGUAAUCCAGUGUCUGUGGCGGUGGCUUCUGCUGUGCUGGAUGUGAUUGAAAAUGAGAAGCUGCAGCAGCACGCCAUGGAAGUGGGCAACUACCUUCUGGCCUCCCUGCGAGAGCUUCAGCAGAGGCACCCCCUCAUCGGUGAUGUCCGUGGUCAUGGCCUUUUCGUGGGCAUGGAACUAGUCCUUGACAGAGAGACAAGAGAGCCUGCUGGAGAGCAAGCCAGUGUGCUGUCUCUCAGGCUCAAGCAAAGUGGUGUGCUGCUGAGUACGGAGGGCAAGUACGGCAAUGUGCUCAAGUUCAAGCCACCCAUGGUGUUCAACCAGGACAAUGUGGACACUGUUGUCUCCAAGCUUGACACUCUGCUUACGAAGAUAGAAGAUGAGUGUGUGGACUUGCGCUACAAUUUUGCCACCAUUGCGCGGUCACUUGCGAGCAGUGCGGAGUCGCUCCUUACAGCUUCGUCCUUCGACUCGCUCGAAGAAAGCUCCGAGGAAGAUUUGUCAUCCUCUUCUUAAGGACUAUACCAAACGUUCACAUUGAUUGCAACGAAACAAUUAUUUUUUUUGUGCAGCCACUUUUCAAUUGAGCAGCUUUGUCUGUAAUCUCAUUCAGUUAUGCAUAUACCUUUUAGCAUUCCCCAGUCUGAAUUUUUUUACAUCUCUCAAUUAAAGUGUUGAGUGCUUCAAUGGGCCAAGUGAGCACGUGGGAAAAAAGAUCUGCUGCUUCUUCAGAAAGAUAAGCAAGGUACUUGCACCAGAUAUAAUUAUUGUAGCUCAUUGUGGUUUCUUAGCCUUAUGUAGAUGUCAUAGCGGUUGUAAUUUUGCAUUGUUUCUAAUGCGUUGCUGCAAAGCUGCGUAGUCCUUGCCGAGUGCUUCACUCGAAUUUCCAUAACUUAAUUUUUUGCUCGGGACUAUCUAAUUAGAGACUACAGAUGUGUAGGCAUUGUCGUUUGUAUGUUAAAAUUACCACAGUUUUGACCGUGUCUGCUUUGCAAGUACAUAUUCAUAGUUUCUUAUUUCUAAGUGACACUGAAGUACUUAAUUACAACAGUUUGAUAUUUUUGCUUGUAAAGCUUGCCUCCUAGUGAGCAUUCUUAGUAUUUUAGGCAAGUGCAAGAUGUUCAAUUGAACUGCCCUUGUUGUCUUCCACUUGUUAUUGGCAGACGUGAAGUCUCUGGAGCUGUGGCGAACGAAACACUUUUGUUAUUAGCUUACAAAUCUGCCAACACCCUAUGUAACAAGAUUUAUAGUUAAGCUCUAAGUGACUGCUCUAUUUGAAAGUGGUUGUGCAAGGACGAUGCUCGUUCUUGAGUAGUCAUCGUUAAGCUGCCACACUUAAGGAUCGGUCCUCGUGGCUUUCCUUUACAAUUCUUUGGUGUACGUGGCACAUUUCCUUGCUAACUUAUUUUUUCCCCUCCGGAAUGCUUAACGCACUUCAUCCUCUGGAGUCGAAUCCUUAUUGACUGGUAUCCAGUCAUUUCACAUGGUCAUUCUUUAUCUCAAGAAGUGGCAUCAUCUGCCUCCUUUUAUUUUCCCAGUUCUUAUUCAUAGCAGUUUAUGUAUUGUGUGCUGUGUCAUUCUAUUCAUAUUUGCGACUCUAUUCAUUUUUUUCAUGUCCACUACUAUAUGCAAAUGUCCCAAGCUAGAGGCAGCAGCUGGGAAGCUUCGUUGUCUACAUUUUUCUGCAACAUCGGGCAGAACUUUUUAAUCUGCUCAUCUGCUGAUGUCUACAGCUUGUGACUGCAGUAUUGUGGCAUUGUUGGCUUUGUGUGACUUCAAUGACUUGGCACUGCCUUAUGUUUUGUGCGGACUGGGCAGUUGGCAAUGUUUGUAGUUUUCUCGUCAUUUGCUGCGAACGGCUGGCCUGCUUUUUACCUAUUAUGGGAAGACAGGUUUGUUUCUGGGUGUGUAGUCUUCUGAUAAUUCCAGUCUUCCAUAGUCUUUUCUGCUCCAUCAUUACAAUACCUUCUGCACAUGUUACCGAUGUAUGCAUACUGAGUGGCAUGCUUUAUGCCAUUACAUGUACAUAUAUACAGUUGAAAUUCUUUCUUGCAAUAAACAGCCUGUAAUUCUGUCCCAUGACAUAU